AUGGGGAUGUCUUUUAGUGGGGUGACUGGAGCAGGAAGAGGUAGAGGGAGUUUAAAGGGUCAGGCUAAAAACGAUUUUCCUUUGAUGCAAAAUGGUGUUGGAAAAAAGGUUUUGGAGGAUAUCGAGAUACUUCGUACAGAUACUCUAAUUAAGGAUGUAGAUAAAGUUUUUGGUGCAAGUCAUCCUGAUUCCAUAGAAAUUGAGAAAGCAAAGAAAGCGCUGAAAGAGCACGAACAAGCCUUAGUUGAUGCAAUUGCGAGACUUGAAGGUGCAUCUGAUGGUGAAAGUGGAUUCAAGCAUAUGGAGAGCAUCCUUUCUCACAAGGGCAGUCAACGGAUAAAGAAAGAGCGUGGAGAAAUAGGUCGUACAAUGAUGAGAUGGGUUAAGGUAGAAUGCUUGAGGGGUCCGAUGGCGCGAUAAAAUGAUGAGAGGUGUCCAUAAGUUUCGGGUAGCAAAUUUAACCAGCUUAGUACAUACAUAGCUGUAGCU